AUGAUAGUUAAAAAAAUUAAUAAAAGAAUAAUAGAGAGAAGAAUGAGAGAAGAGUGUGAGAUAACACAAAACCAGUUCGGAUUCAUGCCCGGUCGAGGUACGACAGAUGCCAUUUUCGCAUUACGCCAAUUGUGCGAAAAGUACAAGCGCGUGCAUAAAGAUCUGCACAUGGUUUUUGUCGACCUUGAAAAGGCGUACGAUAGGGUUCCCCGUGAGGUCUUGUGGUGGGCGUUAAAGAUGAAAGGUAUGCCUGGGAAGUAUGUGAGGUUGGUCCGUGCUAUGUAUAGAACAUCCCGUACAUGUGUACGAUCUGCCGCGGGAACUACGGGCAGUAUCGAUGUGGCGGUAGGGCUGCACCAAGGGUCGGCACUGAGCCCUUACCUCUUCCUACUUAUUAUGGACGCUUUGACGUCGGACCUGCAGGAUGAGGCACCCUGGUGCAUGCUCUUUGCCGAUGACAUCGUGCUUGUCGGGGAAGAAGGCAUCGAGGUACAGAGCAGACUGACGGGGUGGCAACGGAGGCUGGAAGGUGUUGGCUUGAAGAUCAGCAGAUCCAAAACCGAAUAUCUGUGCUGUGAUUUCGGCGGUCUUUCCAGUCCUGUACCCAUGUCGUUGGAUGGCGCUAUACUGCCUAUCUGCUCAGAUGUCAAGUACUUCGGUUCCCUCAUUCAAGGCGACGGCGGAAUAGAUAGAGCUGUGCAGCAUAGGAUUAACGCAGGGUGGAUGAAAUGGCGACAGGUCACAGCCACAACGUGCGAUCCCCGAAUGCCAAUAAGGCUGAAGGGGAAAAUUUACAAAUCGAUCAUCCGACCUGUCGUCAUGUACGGAAGUGAAUGCUGGGCCGUCAAGAAGAAGGAUGAAAAUAGACUGCAUGCGAAUGAAAUGAGAAUGUUACGAUGGAUGUGUGGGUCUAUGGUGGAAUUUAUACAAAGUACGGGUUUCGACUUCGACUAUGAUUUCCCAUAUAAGGCGAAGGUUAUGAACUGGUUUGUAAAUUAA